CUACAUAUCGUGGUAUAUGUUAUAUAAAGCACAGGGGGCUUACUUUUCGGUUCAAAAUUGGCCCUAUGAACAAAGCUGACGUUUUCAGUAUUGUAGGCUAUUGCUAGGUUUCAUGUGACGUCACUUCCGGUUCCAGCAGUCUCGAGCUCGAAAAGAUGGAGUAGUUAGAAGCAGUAACGUGUCAAAAAAAACGUCAAAUUGUUUUAAAAAGUCUCAGUCCCAUUGAUAUAUUCUUUAAUGGGAACAUUUGUGUUACCUUUUAUCUAUACAUGAAGUUCUCCAGGAAAAGUAUUGAUACUUUGUUGGCAAAGUCCAAAGCUUGGAUAUAUAAUCCUCCAUCUUGGCUGUCCAAUUCAGUCAUUCAACGGCAGUGACAAGCACCUUCCAGCAGACUCCUUCAGAACGCAGCGGAAUUGCUGUGUGGAACAAAAGAUCUCACUCAGGUGACCUCGCUGGAAAUCUGUGUGAACACUCAAGAAACCAGCCUGUGUAACUUUGGUAUUUCUUUGCCCAGGCUGGUGUUGCUCAACAUGAACAAUAGUGUGAUCAUGUCAGUACGAGAUCUGGGAACCACCCUAACACAACUGCAGGUGCUGUGGAUGUCUUGUUGCUGCCUACAAGACCUAGAUGGGAUUUCAUCUCUCGCCUCUCUUAGGGAACUGUACUUGGCCUUUAACAAAGUCUCCGACCUGAGUCAGGUUGGCAUGCUGGAGAACCUGCAAGUGUUAGAUCUAGAAGGAAAUGAUGUGGAUGACCUUGUACAGAUUCAAUAUCUUGGGUUGUGUGGUAAACUACAGACCCUCACACUGGAAGGAAACCCUGUGUGUGUGCGACCAAACCCCAUGGCUACACAGACUGACUAUAACUAUUGGGAGUCAGUGAGGGAGUUGGUCCCGCAGCUGCAUUACCUUGACAAUGCAAGAGUGGAGCAUGGAAGGCCAGGCUUUAGCGACACCAUGUGGGAAGACUGGUCCAUCCUGCGAAACUGCAUCAGGGACUAUUAUCCAGCAGCGACAGAAGAAAAGGAUGCAGAAAACGGUGCCCGUCCAUACAGCCGACUCAGUUCUGCCAGGCGCCCUACCUCCAGCAUCCGGUCCCUCUCAUCAGCAAGCACUACUACCUCCAGGCCCCUGACAGCAACCUCAUCUGGGUCUCCUGUGUCCACACCCGGUUCUGCAGAUUCAGACUUUGCUGAAGUGGAAGCGGACAGCAGCGUUCUAACACACGGAGCUGGCAAGAUCCUGUUCUGUGGAAACCCUGUCAAGGCUUUACGAGCAAGACGUGAGAAGUUAAGAACAGCACCAUGUGUUUCAACUUUUACCCCUCGGAACUUGACCAUCCAUGUACCUGAACACAUGUAUGACCCGGAAGACCGUGAUGGGAAACAAUCUUCUGAUGUUUUUGCUGAACUUAGAGCUUGGAGGGACAAACAUAGCAGGCGUCUGGAAGAAAUACAGAAUGACAGGUUGCCACAAGUACUGGUUGUUCAGCAUGGGAACGAGGACGAUGAUGACGACUGUGAUGAUGAAGGCGAAGGUUUUGAUAGUGUGAGCAGUGAUGACACUAUAGACACCAGCACUGAUUCAUCUUUUAAGCCCAUUUCUACAGACCAUCUUAAACCUACACGACAUGAUGCGGAUCAUCUUUCCUCGUCCUCUGACAUCACACAUUGCCCCCGCCCUCCUCCUAAGCUCCUAAAUUCCAAACCAGCCACCGGUAAUAAGAGGCCCACAGGAAUCCGUGCACAGAGGAUUCGAAUUAACCAGGCCGAUUCAGUACACAUUCUUCACCCAUCCGAUGAAGGUCACAACAUUGUAAAGGUUACAACAACUGCACGCACAGACCUGCCAACCAAGAGCAUCCAGCAGGUGACGAGGAUGAAAAAGCUUCAACCGCUUUCACCUGCACGCAUCGCCCACACAUGUAAAAUCAGUGGCCUGUGAGGAUGGAUGAAGGAUUCAUGCAUUAUUCAGUUGCAUUAUUCCGUUUAAACUGAGAGUCGUAAGUUUAAAGUUAAGUACUAAUACAAUGUACAGAAUCAUACUCAGGGUGUAAUGGUAUACUUAAUGUUGUUGGCAAGACGGACAAAUCAUUUUGACUAGUCUUAACAUUAUAUUUAAAUAUCCAUGUUGCUUGAAAUAUUGAAUUUUAUCUUUGUGUUCUAUCUAAUCCAUUUACUUAUGUGAAAUAUUUCGUUUAAGAUGAAGUGCAAGGUAAAUAUAAGCUUGGUUUAGAUGUGGUUCAUCUUCCAUAAUGGCGACUCAUGCUGUGAUAUCCUUAUUAUACCACAUGAGGGCACUAUAUCUAAACAUUGCACAGAAAACAGAGCGCGCCAUAAUGACAUGAAAGCACAAUCAGGGUUAAAACUUCAAAGUUGAGACAGAAAAUCCAAUGUGUUUGUAGGUAAAUUAUACAAUAAACCUCAUUCAGGCUAUUAGGGUUAGGGUUGUUAAAUGUUAUACUAUAUUUUAAGUCUCACUGUCUGCUUGUUUGAGGUCAGCGUACCCACAGGUGCACCUAGAUAAGAAAGAUCAUGUUUGAAAACAUGCAUAUGACAUUUUAACUGUUAGUGGUUUGUUCGUCAUGCAAGCCUGUGCUUGUGUUAUUAAAGAAAAUUAGUGUAAGUGCUUGGCUUGUGCGUAGAAGUGACGUCAGGAAUUCUGAGCCCCUCAAAAAAAAAAAAAUGAAGGUUUUCAAGUGAGUUUUAGUACUUUAGGCUCCAAGAUGAGCUACAAUUUCUUGAUGUUGUGUUGUCCAUCGGGGUUUUUGACUCUUUAUCUGUCCCAUCACCUACAAUGGGAGAUCCAUUGGGAGACCAUAUACCUAUGACAUCUUAAUUUCUAGGAUACAGGCACCCAAAACUUCACAUUAAGAGACCCUAACAAGCUCAUUUCAGACUUUUCAUAUGAUCCCAGUGGCACACAAAUAAUCUCAUGUUGUGUUCAGAGUAAACAUGCAUUCUUCUCUUGGCAGACAAGGAAAAUCCGGCAGGCAACUGUGCUAAGUAAACAGCUAUUGGUGAACUGGUAAGAGCAGAGGAGCAGUGACAAUGAGGUUGGUUCUUAGCUCCCCUGAAAGACCUUCCCAUUGCCGCCUACUAUGGCUUAGAUACACAAAUUCAUUUAUUUUCUCCCGCUUAUCCUCACGAGGGUCGAGCUGUGAGGUCUGCGUGCUAACCACUCGACCACCGUGUAGCCCCGGAUACACAAAUUCUUCAAAUUAAAAAGCAAACAAACUGUACUGAGCAACUGUUGCUGAUUAACACUGAUACCCUAAAAGUUUACAUGGACUUCCUGAAGUGGCGAUGUGAGAAAUCCACAAGAUCUCAUGGAAGUUCUUGUACCCGACCGUUCAUGACAUUUACGAUGGCAUAAUCAAACCGGGGAUAACUGAAAAAACAAUCAAAUGGUCCACAUCCUGUAGAACAAGAGUACAUUUUAAGCAUGUACAGUACGUACAUAGUGAAAAAUUAGAAAUAAAGGUCUAGUUGCAAGAGUUAAAACUCAUUAGCCAUUUUGAGACACUGUACAUUUUAUUUCACCUCACUUUAGACUCUCAUCAGGUGCAACUUAUAUAGUAUCACCAAUAAAAUACUAAAUAUUUCAAAUGACAGGUCAAGCAGUCCAGGAGUUGUCACUAUUUGGUUUUUACUCACUGGACCUUUGACCCCAGGUACAGCAAACUUUUUUAAAAUCAGUUCAUUGUUGAAAUUCAGGCAACCUGCAGAAGUCUUGUUCUAUCUUUACUCGAUCCUUGCUUAUAUGAAGAAGGAAAAUCCAAUUUGAUCUGCAACAGAGGUGUGAAAACAUCUCAGACAGGUCACCUCUGACUUGAGUUAAGUCCACUGUAGUACCAAUCCUUCAUGUGAAACUACAAGUCUAAGAAUGUGUUGCCAGUGUCGGUAUCCCCAGCACCAAGGAGGUGUUCCAGAAUGAUAGCGAUGAUGCUGCUGUGACGGAGGCAGAGGUAACCCAAUUUGGUUGGGUUUUCUGAAUUGGACUGUUUUGGAAAGUCUCGCCUCCACACUAGAGCGGAGUUAUCUGAAGACACGUUGAAAUCGGUUGUGGGUCAGCUGCCUGAGUGUGUCUCUUGCGCAUUUGAUUGGGAUUAUAUUCUAUUUGGGUUAAAUGACUUCCCAAUUCACGAGUAUGCUUUGGGACGGUGCUGUAUAUAAUUUCAUUGAUCUGAAGACCCAUGGAGAUGGCUUCAGUGUCUUGAUUAGCAUGUUUGUCGAUUGGUCGGUGGGCACCGUGCUGAUGGGUGUUACUGCGUUGUUGUAUUAUAUCAGAGAUCAAGGUGAUGGGUUGGACAAUCGCUUGCCGAGUGUCUCUAUCAUGCCUGUGGAUUGGACGGAUACUUUGCCUACUGGAACAAUCCAGUCGGGUUAUCUGAAUGCCCUUGGAGAGUUCUUGAUGAUUGUGUCUAGCAUCCUUGCGGAGUGGUGGACGUAUACUCUGUUGAUUGUGUCUGGAUUCCGGAUUGGCUUUCUUCUGCUGAUGGGGCCUGGACUGAGAGACAAAGGCUUUGGGUUUUGGAAUAUCUUGGGUAGUAUGUCUAUCGUCAUGGAUUAGCGAACGGAUGCUCUUCUCAAAUGAAAUACACUCCUUGUUCGUUUUCUGUGUGUGUAUCCUUGACGGGCUGGUGCUUUGCUUAUGGAGAGGUAGUUUCGGUUUAGUUUUCUGAAAGUCCAAUGAAAUGGUUUGAAAGACAACUUGUUGAGCGCCUCUUGCAUUCUUGUAGGCCUGUGUGGGGAUACUCCGCAGAUGGGGCCUAACAUCCAGUUUGGUUAUUUUCGGUCCAAUGGAGGUCGCUUGUGGAAAAGAUCGCUGUGUGUGUUUGGGAGGCCUGUGUAUUGAUGGGCGGAUACUUUGUUGAUAUGUCCUAUACCCUCGAGUAGUACUCUUCUGAGUCGCCGCCCUUGGUGGAUGCGUGCUCUUUUCUUGGGAGUUAUGUGCAAUUUGGGCUAUAUCAGGGGUCAAUGAGACCGGUUGCAAUGCAGGUUGCCUAGUCGGGUUGUUGUUGUUAGGAGUGCAGUUCAAUCGGCAGACACUCUGCCGGGAUGGGCGGCAACUGAGUUUGGUUUCCUCAAAGCCGACAGAGAUGGAUUGAAGAAAACCUUGCAAAGUUUUUCGAGUAUUCUUAGAGAGUAGUAAGCAGAUUUUCUUGUGACUGGGGGUAUACUCCAGGGUUGUCUUUUCAACCUUGAAAACAAAAGAAAAUACAUCAAUGUCUCAUCUUGCAUAUUCAAUUUCAAUUCAAUCAUACACGACUGCUCUGGGCAGUGAAAUAAAUCUGUCAGCAUUUGCUUAACAAGAAAAAAAAUAGCAAUACAAGUUGUUUGAUUUGUAGUAAUCCUGUACUGUACUUAUACUAGGGGUGUCAAGAUUUUGGUCUGCUUUCAUGGAU